AUGGCCUCUACUGCUCGGAUACUAUCGUCUGUACGAAUCGCUAGGCCUGCCCUUGCGGCCAACGUCACCCGUCAGACAAGGGGCUAUGCUUCUGCAGCUGCUGGGGGCGGUCCUAACUACGGCCUGAUUCUCUCACUUGCUGGCUUGACUGGUAUCGGUGCUUACGCUUAUUUACAAUAUAACCCUGCUGCCAAAGCAGAGAUCUCCGCUAAGGCUCAUGAACUCGAAGCUAAAGCUGAAAAAAAGGUUAGGGGUGUUCAAUCAGAAGUGGAUGCUGCAAACCAGGGGACUGGUUCUUUCGGUGCUUUGAUAAAAGAUACUUGGACUCCCUUCACCCUUACCAACAUCGAGCCUUAUAAUCAUAAUACUGCCAUCUACACAUUCUCUUUCGGAGAUGACAGUCAGCAUAAAGUAUCAGGUGGACAAGUAGCUAGCGCUCUGUUGGUUAAGUCUCCGGGAGGCGACGAUGAGGUCAAAGAUGAUAAAGGAAAGCCUGUCAUACGACCAUACACACCUGUCUCUUCUACGGAACAAAAAGGUUCAAUCGAUCUCAUGAUCAAAGAAUACCCAACUGGGAAACUCACCCCUUACAUCUCGUCCAUGAAACCUGGCCAACAACUCCUCUUCAAGGGACCGAUCGUCAAGUACAAGUAUGAACCCAAUACUUUUGACAGGGGCUUGGCUGUCGCCGGUGGAAGCGGUAUAACUCCGAUGUAUCAGCUUAUAUCUCACUCCUUGAAUAUACCUGAGGACAAGACUAAAUGGACUUUGGUAUUCUCCAACGUCACUGAGAAGGACAUCUUGCUUAGAAAGGAGUGGGACGAACUUGCAAAGCAAAAUCCUGAUCGAUUAGAUGUCAAGUACGUUCUUGAUAAGGGUCCUUGGGGCUGGAAGGGCGAAACCGGUUUCGUUACUCCCGCCAUGCUCUCUAAAUUGUUCCCUCGAUCCGCAAAUUCCGGCGAGAGAAUCAAAGCCUUUGUAUGUGGCCCUCCUCCUCAAGUCAAGUCACUCGCAGGUCCUAAAGAUGGUCCACGACAAGGCGAACUACAAGGAGCUUUCAAGGAACUUGGAUACGCUGCAGACGAGGUUUUCAAAUUUUAG